CCCAAUUCCCUUCAAGAUGACCAUCGGCGCUGUCGACGCCACUCGCCAGCAGAUGAAGUCCUACUGGACGGAGCACAGCUCCAACACGGACAUCGAGACCAUGAUGCUGGACUCGAACGCCCAGAUCCUGCACGAGCUCGAGAUGCCCGAGAUCAUGGAGCGCGCGCCCUCCAUGGCUGGCAAGGACGUGCUGGAGCUGGCUGCGGGCAUCGGCCGCUUCACGUCGAUCAUCGGCAAGACGGCCAAGAGCGUCACUGCCGUGGAGUUCAUCGACGACUUCCACAAGGCCAACGUCGCCACCAACGGCCACAUGCAGAACAUCAACUUUCUCUGCCAGGACGUCGUGACCCUCGAGGCCGAGCCCAACUCGUUUGACGUGAUCUUCUCCAACUGGAUCUUCAUGUACUUGGGGGAUGAAGAGGUGAAGCAGUUCGCCCAGAAGGCCAUCAAGUGGCUGCGACCUGGAGGAAAGCUCUUCUUCCGCGAGUCCUGCUUCAGACAGUCGGGAGACGUCAAACGCAACUCGAACCCGACGCACUACCGCCAUCCUGCUUUCUACGUGGGGGCCUUUGGCUCGGUGGUGACCAAGGAGGAGAACGGAGACCUUGGAUACUUCAAUCUCGAGUCCUCAGGCAGUGUCGCCGUCUACCGCAAGAUCAAGAAGAACAACGGACAAGUCUUCUUCAGCUACACCAAAGCCAUGAAGCAAGGAGCUUCCGACAACAACAGUGAUGAUGAGGCCGUCGCCACCUUCCAAAAGUUCCUCGACCAGCAGCAGUACUCCAACCAGAGCAUCACGCGCUACGAGAAGAUCUUCGGACAGGGCUACGUCAGCACUGGCGGUCAGGGCACCACGACUGAGUUUGUCGAGAAGCUCAACCUCAAGCCUGGCGAGCGUGUGCUGGACGUCGGAUGCGGCAUCGGGGGAGGAGACUUCUACAUGGCUCGCCAGUACGGCGUCUCGGUCGUCGGCAUCGACCUCUCCACCAACAUGGUGCAC